GGGGCCUGUUGCACAAAAGUAGAAUUAAGACAUCCGGGAUAAAUGACUCAGCUGAGCUCAAUGAAGCCAAAACAUGUGCGUCCAGGCUUAAUUGGUUGCACAAAGACCAAGCCAGGAUGAGCAGACACGGAUUCAUUAAGCCAGGUGAAACCAAUCCUGAUAGGUGCGCGCUCACGGCUCACUCAAAUAGACCCCGCCACAGAUCACAGAUUAACUGAUUUACCAUGGCAACUAGAGCCGCGUACUUUUCCCCGUCGGAAGCACAAAUCCUCAUGGAGGCAUACCAGGAGGUAAAAGAUAUAAUUAAGAAGGAAGGCAACACCGCCACAGUGAUAAAGCAAAGAGAAAAAGCGUGGCAAAGUAUUGCAGACCGCCUGAAUGCGUAAGUAGUGCACAAUUACACACUCACCGCUCCGCUGAAACAUCACAAUUACAAUUCAAAUAUUUAAUUCACAUCUCCAAAAAUGCAGUUGUACUGUAAUUAUGAAACGGUUAAAUUUUUAAUUGAAAUGCACUGCAGAUAUGAGUGAAAUUGUGUAAAGUAACUCCAUCACACUGUAUAAAGCUAUGAUACAUUUUUUGAUAUUUUUACUGAAAACAAGACAAAAAUACCAAGUAAUUUUUUGCAGUGUGACUCCAUUAAAUGUGUGUGUGUGUGUGUGUGUGUGUGUAGAUUAAACAUGAACGGGCCAAAACGGACAUGGCAGCAGGUCAAAAUCAAAUACAAGAACAUUCUGCAGAAUGCAGUGAAAAAGAAUACCCACAGACAAGGCACGGGUGGUGGGUCACCAAAGGCUGACCUUACCCCAGCAGAGGACAUGGCCUUGGAGCUAAAUAAAGGCAGGCCCGUCUUAGAGGGGAUCCCUGGGGGGAAAGAGACGAGCAUAGGUUCCUCCCAAGAUGCCACCCGCUUCAUUCAAGUGCCUGGCAGCACUGUGUUCCUGUUAGAGCCACCAGCACAAGCACCAGACGAUGCUGAUCCAGGUGAAGGCCCCAGUGCAGCAGCAACAGCACAUGAUGGAGACGAUGAUGAGGAGGAGACCAUCUCUCUGGAUUCCAGAAGGCAUGAGGACCCAGAUGCUAUACAGUGGGAAAACCAGCCUGGCAACAUAAGCUCACAAGCUAUCAGAAAGUUGUAUGGCAACCACCUCCGGCGCCAAAUAGAACUGGCAGACAUAGACAUUCAGUACAAGAAGAAAAAGAUGGAAAAUCUUGCACUGGAGUCCGAAAUAAAAAAGAGGACAAUUAGGAAACUGGACCUUGAAAUAAAAAAACUUGAGAGGGAGCUCCAAGAAGAUGACACAGCUCAAAAUAAAAAUUAGGUAUAUUCUCGUAAAGUCAAGUGAGCCAUGACAUAUGAGCUCUUAUUGUGAGCACACAGGACGGUGGCAUCUUUCUAAGGUUUUUUUUAUUUUCCCAGCAAUCAGUACAACCAAGUCAUCGUUAUAAGGCAUCGCCCUCUUUUGCCCACCCCCCCAGCACCAGGUGUGGCCACUAGCCUAUAUGAAGGCCCAAAAUUGUGUGUUCCUUUCUGCUCUGACAAUGGCAUGCCCAUUCGUGCGAGAUGUGGUGGAUGAAGAAGCACUUGUGCUGAGGAGAGCCUUCAGGCGAGAAAGGGUCUUCAGGGACCGGUUGGACCCACUGGCCUUCCCUGAUGACCAUCUAUAUGAAAGAUACAGGUUUUCUGCAGAUGGCAUCAGGUAUCUAUGCAGACUACUGGGUCCCAGGAUUAAGCACCGCACUGCACGGAGCCAUGCACUGAGUGUGGAGCAAAUGGUUUGUGUGGCCUUGCGCUUUUUUGCUAGUGGAGCCUUCCUGUACUCAGUGGGGGAUGCUGAACAAGGCCACAAUUUGCCGCACAAUAAGGAGUGUGUGUCUGGCUAUCAAAGCAUUAGCAGAUGUCUUCAUCUCCUUCCCUGGCCACAGAAGACUCUGUGACAUCAAAGAGGAGUUCUAUAGGAUUGCAGGUUUCCCCAAUGUCAUUGGUGCAGUGGACUGCACACACAUAAGGAUAAAAGCCCCCUCAGGUGCCCAUGAGGCCGAUUUUGUGAAUAGGAAAUCCUUUCACAGCAUUAAUGUUCAGAUGGUCUGCAAUGCUGACUGUGUGAUCAGCAAUGUUGUGGCAAAAUGGCCUGGCUCAGUCCAUGACUCCAGAAUCUUUCGGGCCUCUGAAAUCUAUCAGUGCCUAUCACAAGGUGAAUUCUCUGGUGUGUUGCUGGGAGACAGGGGUAUGGCUGCCAGCCUUUUCUCCUGACACCUUUCACAGACCCCCAGGAAGCACAGCAGGCCUACAACCAUGCCCAUGCCAGGACCAGGGCCAGAGUUGAAAUGACCUUUGGCCUCCUGAAGGCACGCUUUCACUGCCUUCACAAAUUAAGGGUCAGCCCUGUUAGGGCAUGUGAUAUUACUGUGGCUUGUGCUGUCCUCCACAAUGUGGCCUGCCUGAGGAAGGAGAGGGCCCCCAGAGUGCCACCAGCCAUGGACUGGGACAAUCCGGCAAUCUUCCCUGAUGACGACAGUGGUCGGCUGCUGAGGGACCAAUAUGUGUUGAAUUAUUUUAGUUAGUAUGUGUGCUUUCAAUUUUGGUUAAAUAUGUCCUGCGGUGGCAGAGGAAUUUUGU